AUGUUCGGAAAGAUUUGUCGUCUUUACGUCCGAGUCGUGAAUAGUUUCAAUUGCCACUCUGGCAUCUCAUUUAAUCGUGAGAUUGUUAUCUUUGGUGCUAUGGGGGCAGCAGUCUCUGUGGAUGAUCCAAACGCGUCAGCGAUAUGGAGCGAGACGAAAGAAGAGUACGACCGACGCGUUGCUGCGGGAGACUCGAAAGAGUUGAUCUUUUCUAGUCUUCGUGAAAUUAUCGCGAACCACAUGAGCGAAGUGCCGUCUUUAUCUUCCAACUCCUCGAUCUCACCACGUGAAAAUGAAGAUAACACAACAAUUGAGCAGCAAAAGCGUUUAGAUUCAUUCGAUCAGACUGCUACUUUAACGCCAUCAAAUACGAUUGAUGGGAUAAUCGAGUCCGCUGAGCUUUUAGAUCAAACGCCACUCGAUAACGAUGCCGACACUGACAAUCUUCCUCAUGACGAGCACGAGAUGCAUAACUUGGUCAAUGAGAAUGAUAUUCCACAUGCUUAUGCUGAAAGGGGCUAUAAACGGGUAGUUGGACCAUCUCGUGGUGUGCAAGAUCUAGUCCAAAACCUCGCCCCUGUCUUUACAACAGAUGUAUUGACUGACCCAGCAACGCUUAAGAUGAUUCUUCGAUACGCAGAAGCCCAUAAGAUACAGAGCGGUGCCGACAUGCUUCGGUUUUGGGUCGAAAUCGACGAGUUACAACACUUGCCGUCUCACUCAUAUACACACCGUCGCCUACACAAGAUUUAUGAUAAAUUUCUCUCCCCAGAGGCACAAUCACCCGUCUGUGUGACCGCACAGAUGCUUCAAGAUAUCGAAAAAGCUCUUGAAGGAGACAACAUUUCUGCGGGAAUAUAUGCUGGAGCGCAGCAAAUUUGCUUUAUUGCACUGGAAAAAUCUGUCUAUCCACGAUUUCGAGAGAGUAAAUUGUUUCAAAAGAUGCAAGAUUUCUGUGCGCCAAUUGUCCCGAACACGGCAGUAUCCGCUAACAAUGGAUCAAAUUCCGGUCCACUUGCUGUGGCUUCCUCAGGUACUGCUAUAAAUUCAGUUCAUGUUGAGGAGACUGAAGUUUAUUCUCUCUUGGGGAUUCUUGCCCACCCGGCCAAGCUUCGUUUCCUCAAAACAUUUUGUAUGGAAGCUUUGGCCCUGGAAAAUCUGCUAUUUUACUUGGAAGUUGAGGAUUGCAAGCGUCUUCCAAACUUGUCGUUUGUGGUCAAUAAGACUCGAAAAAUUUAUGAUCGGUAUUGCUCACCAACGUCGAAGACAUAUAUUGCUAGCUUAAAUGGAAAUGGUGCAAUGAAGGAGCUGCAGGACGUUGUGGACAGUAAAGGGGCUCUCGUGCCAAAGUUGUUCCAUGAAAUCCAGAUCAGCGUCUUUGAGCGUAUAAGUGACGAAAUUUGGCCUGGAUUUUGUCGCUCACAGGAAUAUCUAGACCACUCCAAAGAGGUGAAACCCGACACAAAGCAAAUUAUGCGGCGAACUAAUCGGUUUGAAGAGAACGAGGCUGUGCAAAAGAAAUUAGACGCAUUAGCUGAGUUUCAGCUCAUUGACAUAGCCAUGCAUUAUCCUGUUGAAAAGCUGAUUCCAUUCUCUUUUCCAGACUCACGUCAAGCAGCAAAUCAAGGGAAAUUGGUUACGAAAUUUGAGGAAGAGCAGCGAUUAUCACCAGAACAAAUUUUAACGUUAUUGUUGGGCGAUCCAUUGGCCAAGAAAUAUCUCAAACUCUUCAUGACGCAACGUGGUAGCGAAGCAUUGCUUGCAUUUUGCGAAGAAGUGGAAGAUUUUAAACUCCUGCCAGGGAUCGAGUUUCUUCAACAUUCUGCCAAGAAAAUCUACCGAAAAUACAUCAUUCCGAGCGCUCGCUUGCAAGUGGAUAUGAGUACAACCAUGCGCGAUGAAAUUUAUACGCGACUGGCGAAUCCGAGCGUAGACAUGUUUAAGAAGAUUGCAAAUCGUGUUCGCCAUGGUAUGCUGCAAGACUCCCUACCGCGAUUUGUUAAAUCUUCAUAUUAUAAAGAAUUACGUCGGGACAGCAAAUUUACUGCAGCAGAUACCCAUCUUGCGGUAGUCGAUCAAGCAGCAAAGGCCGGCAAGCUUGAAUUGUGUCAUUUGGACGUGUUUUUAAGCUAUCCUGGAUGUAUGCAAGCUUUUCGCAAAUUCUUGGAUUUUCAACAUUGUUCGGAAAAUCUGAUGCUGUGGGAGGAAAUUGAACAUUAUCGACGAUUACCAAGUUAUCAGAUUGUUCUGCGUUCAGCCAGAAAGAUUUAUGACAAAUAUUUGAAUCCAUCGAAUCCACGCACUCAGAUUCCACUUGCUGUUACUCUAUGCCAACGUGUGGAGGCUCAGCUGGACGUAGCGUGUCGUACAACGUUCGAUGAGGCUGAAAAUGAAUGUUACGACCACAUGCGCAGCGUUGUAGUUCCAGACUUUUUGGAUUCUCGUAUCUUUAUGGCUUUAGUUGGGGCGUGGGCUAUUGUUCACGAGGAUUAUCCAGGUGAAAUGCUUCGAGGAGAAUUAGAAAUGGCAUUUCUUCGCCAUCGUUUCCAUCUUGUUCAAGAAGCCCGUGGAAUGUCACGUGAGACCACACUUGACAAGGGCGCAUGA